AUGAGGGAGCUGAUCCGGCGGCUGAGCUUCUCGGAUCGGGUGAGCGAUGGCAACAACGGCGGCGUGCCGCGCGGGUGCGUGCCGGUGCUGGUGGUGGGCGACGGCGAGGAGGAAUGCGAGCGGUUCGUUGUGAGGGUGGAGGCGCUGCGGCACCCGUCGCUGUCGGCGCUGCUGGAGAUGGCGGCGCAGGAGUUCGGGUACAAGCAGGAGGGCAUCCUCCGCGUGCCCUGCGCCGUCCACCAGUUCAGGCAGGCCCUCACCACCGCCGCCGUCUCCAAGAACUACUAA